CAUGUGUAUUUUAUUUUCAGAAAGUUGGACGUUCUGCAGCAAACAGCCGAGGAGAUCAGCAGCCAAACGGGUUACAAGGUCCAUGCGGUCCAGUGUGAUGUCAGAGAUCCUGCUUCUGUUUCUCGUUGUGUCGACCAGAUGGAAACUCUGACGGGACUUCCUGAUGUGAUCAUCAACAACGCAGCAGGAAACUUUGUGUGUCCGUCCGAACAUCUGUCUCCAAACGGCUGGAAGAGCAUCACGGACAUAGUCCUCAACGGGACGGCCUUCAUCACCUUGGAGCUGGGCAAGAGACUGAUCCACCACCACAAAGGUGCGUCCUUCCUGGCCAUCACUACCAUCUACGCCGAGUCUGGUUCUGGUUUUGUGGUGCCGAGUGCGUCGGCAAAGGCUGGAGUCGAGGCCCUGUACAAGUCUCUGGCUGCAGAGUGGGGGCGUUACGGACACAGGUUCAACAUCAUCCAGCCUGGACCAAUCAAAACCAAGGGAGCGUUCAGCCGUCUGGACCCGACCGGAUCCUUUGAGAAAGCGAUGAUCGAUCGGAUCCCAACCGGUCGGCUGGGAACGCCGGCGGAGAUCGCUAACCUGGCAGCGUACCUGAGCAGCGACUACGCUACCUGGAUGUCUGGAGCUGUGAUCCGUUUCGAUGGAGGAGAAUACGUGUCGAUGGCCGGAGAGUUCAACGAACUGCGCAGGGUGACUCCAGAUCAGUGGAAGAUGAUGGAGGCGAUGAUCAGGAGCACCAAAGGAUCCUAAAAACACAACGACCAAUCAGAUCACAGCAUCCACCUGAUGAUGUCAUGAUGAUAGAUCGAUCUGUGAACUGGAAACACUAAACCCUGUUAGCAUGUUAGCCAUUUAGCAUGUUAGCCAGUUAGCUUGUUUAGCGAGUUAGCGUGUUAGCUAGUUAGCUUGUUAGCAUGUUCGCCAGUUAGUAUUUUAACCAGUUAGCUUGUUAGCAUGUAGUUGCUCGGUGUAGACAAAGAAAGAUGUUUCUGAAGUUUGAUAAUAAAACAAAUUGAACCCAGAAA